ACAAAGCUGGUGACAGAGCUGCUCUGUCCAUGAGCUGCAGCAAUGGGUGCUGCAGGCAGCUCCCCGGGGGCCAUCGGGAGCAGGAAGGCUUUCCUGCAUGGGGAGGAAGGCCAGCUUUGGCCUCAGACAAAGGCAGGGGAGCUCAGCAUGACAGAUGUCUCUGCUUUCUCCUCUCAGUUCAGAGCAAGAGGAAUCUGCCCCCUCGGUCAGGGAAAGAAAACGCUCCACACAGGCUCAGCUCACUGCAGGCGUGUUCACGGUGUCCCCUUGCUCCGGCUCCGUCGGUCCUGGGGGCCAGCAGAAGAUCACAGUGGAUUGCAGCCCAGGAGCAGAGGGGAAAUGCGAGGAGCAGCUGUACAUUGACAUCAGCAACAGAGACCCCAAGGACAAUCCCCUCGGCAUUCCCUUUACCCUGACUGCCGAGUCCUGCCUCCCAGCGCUUGUUGAAGACGUCACGUCCAUCUUUGAGCAGUACCCGAUCCACAGCAACGUCAAUCUCCGCCAGACGUUACAGUCGGUGCAAGGCAACGGUGUGUUCAUCAGAGAUGAUAACAAAUUCAUCUUCACUAAAGUUCAGGUUGGGCAACGGGCCACGGCUCGCUUCAAGAUCUCUAAUGGCAGCAGUGUCCCAUGUGACGUGGUCCUCUCCAUCAAAGCCUUGCCUGGAGAGCCUCACAGCCUCAUCAGCAACAUCUUCAAGCUGGAUCCUGUCGAGAUGAGCAUUCCUGGCUUAUCCCACGCCUUUGCUACAGUGACCUUCACUCCAGAACAAAAGGAGGACUACCAGUGCACUUUCACAGCUUCCCUUGUUAGCCCAAAAAGCAGCUCUGUGAAGACAAAACCCCAACAGCUGACCUUCACUGUCAGUGGAGAGGGGCACGUGCCUCAGGUGACAGUCGAGUGCCCGGGCCUUCGGAGUAAGAGAGGAACCCCUGUGCUGCGCUUCAGGAGGCUCCUGCUGGGGGAUUCACAGACACUCCCCCUGGUCCUUCGUAACAAUGGCAUCAUACCCACAAAGUUCACAGUUCAUAUCAUGGACGACAAGGGAGUUUUCUUUAUGAAAGGCAGGCAGUCCGCACUCCGUGCCUUCCACAUUGCAGACAUGGAAAAGGACUCCACUGGAAAAGCCAAGAAGCGUCCCGAGAAGCCUUACCUGCUCCUGGAACACGGGCAAUCAGCAGAGUUUGACGUGUUUUUCAAACCCACCCUGGCACAACGUCUGGAAGGGAAGAUCCGUGUGCCAGUGUCAGGCAACAGUGAGAUCGACAUAGAGCUGGUGGGUGAAGGCCACAAUGAUGACUUCACCCUUGAUAACCUCCCUGGACUAGCAGAAGACAGCCAGGAGAGCAAUGCUGAGGACAAUCUGGAGGACGACAUCAUUGAGGCUGUCAGAGCGAAUCACAUAAAGUUUAGGGAUUGUGCAGUCAGGGAGCUCUGCGACAAGACCUUCACAGUCACCAACCGCAGCAAGGAGGAGGUGAUGUGGUUUGAGUGGCUGCUGGCAGAUGCCCUGUUCCAGUUCUCCCCCAAGGUGAGCUGGGACAGCCCUGCCUUUCUCAGUUGCUCAGGCGCUUUCCUGGUGUUCCUGGGAGCUGGCAGGGAGUCACCACAUUCCAGUGAGAGCCCGUUCCAGUGCCAUGCAUGAGAUGCAAUCCCUGUCUUUGCUGGGGCAGGGCUGUCAGCCCAGCAGAAAAGGCUCCGCGUUCUGGGAGGUGGCACCUUCUGUUCAUAUUUUGCUCUGUCAAAUCUCACAUAAAUCCUCACUGAGGUGCUGAUUCCCAGCACAGCUGCUCGCCAUAUCAGUCCCUUUUGCUGUCAGUGCUGCCCUUGCCAGUGAUUCCAGUUUGGUCUUGACUCUCUGGUUCUCCCUAGGUGGGACACUGUUGGAGGAAAUAAAGAUGAAUGGGAACGAUACGAAGCCUGGAGAAAAAUAUAUAAUCCCUGAAUGGACUCUAAUAUACCGGAUUUGACCUCUGAUACUGAUUAUGACACUUUCUGGAUGUGACAGUUGUACCCCAGUUAUCCCCGGUUGAUUGUUGUGCUGUUCUAAUGUUAUAUGUACCCCCAGUUGUUGUUUUUAAAUUUAUCCACCAUAUUGUCCCCUUCUUCUUCCCUCAGUUUUCCCGCCUUUUCCCUGUUUUCCCGCUCCUCUGCCUGCCAUUGGUCAGAGUUUGGUGCAGUGCAGAGGUAGCUCUCAUUGGUCCUUUCCCCCGGUGAUGCCUGGACUCCUCCCCUCUUUGCCCAGUUGCCCAAUCACCAUGUUCCCCAAGUUGUCAGUCUCAUGCUCCUCCCUAACCCAAGUUCCACCCCUCAUCCAACCCUAUAUAAGUUGUUGUCCCCCUAAUAAACUUCGGCAUUGC